CGGGCAAAGAUGAUUCAGGCAAUUCUGGUUUUCAAUAACCAUGUGAAGCCGCAGCUGGUCUGCUUCUACCAGCAUUUCCCAGAAGAAAUUCAACAGCAGAUUAUUCGAGAGACCUUCCAUCUAGUUCUCAAGCGGGAUGACAACAUAUGUAACUUCUUGGAGGGUGGAAGUUUGAUUGGUGGCUCUGACUACAAACUGAUUUAUCAGCAUUAUGCUACCCUCUACUUUGCAUUUUGUGUGGAUUCAUCAGAGAGUGAACUUGGGAUCUUGGACCUCAUCAGGUAUGUGUAGCAGGUUUUUGUGGAGACUCUGGAUAAGUGUUUCGAAAAUGUUUGUGAAUUGGAUUUGAUCUUCCACAUGGAUAAGGUGCACUACAUUCUUCAGGAGGUGGUGAUGGGUGGGAUGGCAUUGGAAACAAACAUGAAUGAAAUCGUGGCUCAGAUUGAAGCUCAGAACUGGCUGGAGAAAUCUGAGGGUGGCCUUUCAGCAGUGCCCGCGUGGGCCAUGUCUGCCGUGAAAAACAUAAACCUGCCGGAGAUGCCUCGGAAAAUCAACAUUGGUGAUCUCAACAUCAAGGUUCCCAACCUAUCCCAGUUUGUCUGA